AUGGGCGCAAGCAGCGGCGACGAGCGCACGACCGCUGCCGCUGCCGUACCGACACCCCACGUGGUCGACGAACAGAACGUUGUCAAGCUCCAUGACGUGCCCGUGGCAGGUGGCAAGCGCAGCGUGCGCGAGGACGACGUCGUGGCGGCUCUCGUCUCGACCGCAGGCGACGCCGCCGCGCAGGACCCGCAGGCGACUCAGGACGACGAGAUGCGCGACGUGGUGGCGACCAUCAAAGAGGCAGCGGGUCUGGACGUCGCGUUCGAUGCAGCGGCCGCUGCGGCAGCGGUCGUACCGCCGCCCGAGUCGAUCAAGACCGACUUGACGGGUGUACCGGUGCAGGACGCUGUAGCAGCUGCGGCUGCGGCUGGCAUGGGCGCUGACCCGCACGGCCAUGGCCCGCACGUCAAGUUUGACAGCAAGCGCAUGGCGCGCGUGUCGUUCAAUUCCUGGUUCGACUUUGACUCGUACUUUGAGCUGUACAUGCAGGAGACGUACCAGCCGUUCCGCAUGCGCUCGUCCUGCAGCGUCGAAGCGUACCGCCGGAACCAGCAAAAGGUCAUGCUGAACAACAAGAGCUCGCGCGGCCGCCGCGCCGAGUUCCCGGACGAAGCGAUCCACCACCACCGGAUAUACAUGUGCACGCACGCGAUGAAAGCGCGCUGUCGCGGCGCGAACACUCGUCCUGGACAAAAGUACCGCGGGAUUGGCUGCAUGGCCAAGAUCAAUGUCAAAAUCACGCCGGCAGACAACCCGUCCAAGUAUAUGGUGAUUGUCACGGACCAGGUCGUGUCGCACAACCACCCAGUGAGUCGAGAGAUCUACGAAGCGUACCCAGACGUGUUGCUCAAGAUGAUGCGGCGCAGUCAGUUGUCCCAGUCAGUGCUAGGCCAUCCGCCGCCGCCCAAGUUUGAGACGCCGCAACAGACGCAAAAGUACGAGCGGGCGAUGAAUACGUUCCAGUCGGUCGCCGAGACGAUGGCCCGACUGAGCGACGAGGACUACGAGGCGCAGCUCGGUCAGCUCCAGCGACUGUAUACUCCUACAACCGAACAAGAUCAGAUGGUGUAA